AUGCCAAGAGGCAACAAUGUCGACAAUGAUUAUGGUCCGAUCGCAUUACGAGAAAAUAGUAGUAAAACUAAUUACAGUGCAACGACAACAACAACGGUACAAACGAAUGAUGGCAAUGACGAAGAAGACGAAGAAGAAGCUCAUGAAUUUGCAACUUAUGUUGAAAGCGAUGACGACGAUGAAGAUCCGUAUUAUAUGCCUGAACAUAACAGGAAAUCAAGUACACUUUCAUUUAGCAGUAAAGAUUAUCAUGUUCUCCAGUCCAACUGUUUCGAUUUAUCGUCCCGGUCGUUUGCAUUUUAA